AUGUUUCAUGUACACUCGGGAACUCGUUUCACGCCCAGUGGGGCUGAAGACGUUUUCAGUUCACCCCGUACAGUCAAAUUUCACUGCUAUAGCUAUCGCCCAAGAGGCAGAUUCGAUGCCUGUUUUCGACAGUUGAUCUGGACCGCUGAAAAACCAUCCAAGAAGUUCUAUAUCCCGCAAGAAUGCUUCGAUAUCAUCUUUCUCCAAGAUAAAAUCGCUGUUCUGUGUGCGAGCGGGCUGAAGAUUGUGACUCUCGAUGACUUGCAGAUUGUAUCCAUGCCAGACUUUGAAGAUCCUCAUCUGGUGGCCAUAUACAGGAGAUACGAUUCACAUCGACCUUUGGGCAUCUUCCACGAGUAA